ACUUGUCAGAACUUAACAUUCGGCCAGCUGGCAAGGCAAACUCUCCGGAAAUGGAUAAGUAUGUGACAUUCUCGUUGCUCACCAUCUUCUGGCUGCUGGUCGCCAUCAUUGGAUUCGUGGUGUCCUACAGAUACGAGGAGCGCGGUAUCAUCCGGUGCUGUGUGAUCCUCACCGCCGUCUGCUGCUACUUGGCCUGGCUGGUCACCUUCCUGAUGCAGCUGAAUCCUUUGGUCGGACCGCGGGCCAGCCAGAAGAUUAUCUACGGCAUUAUGACCUACUGGCCCAACUCCUUUGUACACGACCAAAAGGACCCAUAACACCGCAUGCAGAUUGUAUAUUUUUAAUGUGUGAAUAAAAAAGUUGGAUUUUACA